CCCGGCCAGUGCGGCGCGCGGCGGGGCGGCGUCCGCCAUCUUGCGUCGGUGUCUGCCGCCGGUGCGGAGCGCUCCGGAGCGGCGGUCUCGCGUUUGGACGGCGCCGGGCGCCGGGCGUCCCCGCCGCGAUGGACAACAUGGCAAGCCCAGGUAAAGAUAACUUCAGAAUGAAAAGCUACAAGAAUAAUGCACUUAAUCCCCAAGAAAUGCGCAGGAGAAGAGAGGAGGAAGGAAUCCAGCUUCGGAAACAGAAAAGAGAAGAGCAGCUGUUUAAACGCCGAAACGUGUCUCUCCCAGGAAAUGAAGAAUCCAUGGUAGAAAGCCCAAUUCAGGAUCCUGAUGUCAGCUCAACUGUUCCUAUUCCAGAGGAAGAAGUUAUUACUGUAGAUAUGGUACAGAUGAUUUUUUCAGAUGAUCCUGAUCAGCAACUCACAGCAACUCAGAAAUUCAGAAAAUUGCUCUCUAAAGAGCCUAAUCCACCUAUAGAUGAAGUCAUUCAAAAACCGGGAGUAGUACAGAGAUUUGUGAAAUUUCUAGAGAGGAGUGAAAAUUACACUCUACAGUUUGAAGCAGCUUGGGCUUUGACAAACAUAGCGUCUGGAACUUUCUUACACACCAAAGUUGUAAUUGAAACUGGAGCCGUUCCCAUUUUUAUUAAGUUGCUUAGCUCAGAACAUGAAGAUGUACAGGAGCAGGCAGUGUGGGCUCUUGGGAACAUUGCUGGUGAUAAUGCAGAAUGCAGAGACUUUGUUUUGAACUGUGGAAUAUUGCCACCUCUCUUAGAAUUGUUAACAAAUUCAAAUCGUCUUACAACAACUAGAAAUGCAGUCUGGGCACUCUCAAAUCUUUGUAGAGGAAAGAACCCACCUCCAGACUUCAGUAAGGUUGCUCCUUGCCUAAAUGUUUUAUCAAGACUGUUGUUUAGCAGUGACCCGGAUGUAUUAGCAGAUGCUUGCUGGGCCCUCUCUUACCUUUCAGAUGGUCCCAAUGAUAAAAUUCAAGCUGUUAUUGAUUCUGGAGUGUGUCGAAGAUUGGUAGAGCUGCUUAUGUAA